AUGGUCCGCGAGGACAUCGUAACGUCUGCCGUCUCCUUCCUCCAAGAUCCGUCUGUCGCGAGCGCUCCCCUUGAGAAGCGCAUAGCCUUCCUACAAUCGAAGAACCUCACCCAAGAAGAAAUCGAUGUCUCCCUCGCACGCGCAGCCGAAGAUCCCAGCCUAGCCGCCGCCUCACCGCAAAGCUCCACACCACCCAGCAAUGCAUACCGCCCACCGCCGGCCGCCCCAGCUUAUGGCAGCUAUCCCCCUCCGCAAGGGUACUGGCAACCGCCUCCGCCCCCAGAACCUCCGAAACGCGACUGGCGCGACUACUUCAUCAUGGCAACAGUCAUGGGUGGCGUAAGCUACGGUCUUUACUUCACAGCAAAACGCUACAUAAUGCCAUUGAUACAACCCCCUACACAGCCCCAACUAGAGCAAGACAAGGCAUCUGUCGACGAGUCCUUCAAGCGCGCCUUCGAUCUUCUGGACCAGCUGAAUACGGACACCUCCGCACUCAAAGCUUCUGAAGAGGCCAGGACUUCUAGGUUGGAUGUUGCUCUCGGUGAAGUGGAGAGUGUACUGGCGAGCUUGAAGGAGUCAUCAAAGAGGCAAGGAGACGACAACAGGCGUAUCGAAGAUGAUGUACGAGGACUACGUGACUUGAUUCCUAAAGCCCUGGACGCACAGAAAGCGUCGACAGAUACCAGACUGAAAGAGCUCUCAACUGAAUUGAAGAGUCUGAAGACCCUCAUUGGCAACAGAAUGGGUUCUGGAACUGCGCGUCCAGCAAGCACCGCUCCGAGCUACUACGGAGCUGGUCAAGCACCGAGCCAAGCAUCAACACCGAAUGUUAACGGUCCCGCAUCCAAUUCGACAACCACACCUCAACCUAUCUCGAUACCUACACCCAGUGAGCAGACCAAUGGCACCAAUAACACCGAAGGCCAAGCAAGCGGUAGCGCAACCUCUGCUUCCGCAUCAACCCCGGCUGCUGCGCCGGCAUCGUACAGCAGACUGCCGGCCGGUCGAGCUGCGAUCCCAGCUUGGCAAAUGGCGGCUGCAAAGAAGAGUGAAGAAGCAAAGAAGGACACUAGUGAGAGCGGUACAGCAGUUGACGCUAACGCCAGCGCAUAG